AAAUUAUUUUUCACCCGAUUUUUCAGGGAAAUUUGUUCAUGGUUUGAUCAUAAAUGCUUGAAAAUUCGGAGUGACAUAGAUCUAUAACUUUCUCCCAUACUGCAAAUUCUUAGAGAAAAUUUGGCAAUAUUCAAAAGCGCCUACAGCGUAUUUCUCUAGCUUAAGUAGUUAAAGCAUCUUAUACGAAAAUGUCAUUGAAGAAGAAACACUUUGAAAUGAAAAUCUGCUUUUUACCAUGAUGGUCCAUAGGAAUUUAGCGUGAAGCGACUGCGAAAAAAAACGCCUUCAAUGAAUCGAAUAGGCACCCAAACUCCCAGGGGCUUCACUUGUGGUAUCACGCCAAACAGCACAUUUCUAAGCAAUCCAGACUUCCCUGAUGCAAGUUUUAAGUCGGGACAAUGGCAGCAUUGGAAAGUUGGUAACAUACUAGGUACAGAUCUUGGAAAAGGACAGUCUAUAUCAAAUUAUAUUGGAGUUCAAGCCCCACAAGGCACAGUGUUUCAGAGACCUCCAUGGAAAUUGGCACGAACGAAGGAAUUGUCGAGCACAUUACGAAGCGUGGAGAUCCCGACACGUUCAAGAUUUGCAAAUAUGAGGAGAAACCAGCCGCAUUUGAAACUCAGGAAGGAUAUCUUCACAUUAUUCAAAUAUUCCCUAAGGAAUUCGUAGGUUCUAUUGUAAAAAAUGGUCAUUUUGAUCAGCAAGAAAUUGGAAUAGAGGCAUCAAAACUCUUGCAUCAAAAUUUUUCUCGGAGGAGAUUGCCUCCUAAGGAUUGGAGAUUUAGGAGGAAAUUCAAUCCUGGGGGAUAGUAUCAAUCCAGGAUGUUCGGUAUCAAAACGUAUAACUUUUUUAUCCUAAUAACGAUGUUUUUUUUACAGGCCACGAUAAAAUAUUCUUUGAUUUUCAGAUUUUUUUUUGAAAACUACAAAAAAAAAUAAACAAAUUAAACAUUUUCUGUUCCGGAGUUUUUUUCUUUGACUUUUUACGGAAUUAAAAAAUCGGACAGUUUUUGUGACUUUCGUCUGUUAUAAGAUGCUCCUGUGGUAUAUUUUAAUAGCAUAUUUUAUACAUCCGCGACUAUUGGAAGUCCGUCUGCAGGGCGAUCGAAUCGAUUAUCUUGCUGAGCAGGAAAUUUUUUACCUACUUUUGUUAGGUACCAGUUUUUAUUCAUCUUUCUACUGUCAUAAAAGGAUGGACAGUUUUUCCGUCUGUUUUGUCUGAUACAAAAUGGCGGUGGUGGAUGGCGUCGAGUUUUGACCCCCUCCCCUCCUUCCCAAGAGACCAGGGAAUGAGGGGGUUUAGCUGUAUGAAAA